AUUCUUGAGGAUAAAUGACGACAGCUUCGUCCUUCACCUUUGUUGUUUCAUUUAGUUUCUCUUCACUACUCUUCCACUUCCCUAACCAAUAACUCUACAUUUUCUGAAAAAUUAUGCCAAGCCCACAAUUAAUUAUCUCAUAGUUUAUCAAUCUUAUCACAUGAGCAUCGCCUUAUCUCAUCAACAAUGGAUAGUUUCACUCUCAGAACUACCGCCAAUUCCACCACUUUCUCUGCUAUUCAAUUCUUUCCGCAACCCGUUUUUCAUGCCAAGAAAUCCGGAAUUCUGAAUUUCCCUUGCAGGAAAUUCUGGGUUUCUGCAUCAAAAGAUGAACCGCAGCUUGACGAGUGGGAUAAGAUGGAGCUUAAAUUUGGUCGAAUGAUUGGGGAAGACCCCAAAAUCACUUUAGCCAAGAUAAUGGGUAGAAAAUCAAAUCCAGAUGUGUCUUAUUUGGAAAUUGAGAGGUUAUUAGAUAAGAAGAAGGGGAGUGCAUUGGAUGAAGACGUAGAGGAAGUCCCAUUCGAUUUUCCUGAUCAAAAGAAGUCAGUUAAAUCCGUGCAAGGACUAAAUUUGGUCCGACCUGUAUUAAAGAAAGGAGCCAAGUUCGAAGCAACUGCCAAACCUGUGGAAACAAGUGCUAAAAGUUCUAUCCGCCCGAUUAAAAAGGAUUCAGAAGUGACUAAAAGCAGCGUUCCCGAUGUUAUCUUGCGAAAACCAAGAUCAUUUAAUGAGGAUGAUGGUGCGAGUGGAUCCACAAGGUUCGGAAUGAGGCCAAACUUAUCACUGAGAAUGGGAAAGGAGCCCCAGAAAGAGAGGUUUAGUGAUACUACAUUGUUAAGGAAACCUGAACCUAUGACAUCCAAAUCUGAAGUUGGAGAAGAAAACAGCCGUGAAGAUUCUUUUGAUGGUAGUUACGGGAGUUCAUCUACUGAAGGAAGAGGUUCUGCCCCUCUUCUAAAAAAGCCAGAGCUGUUGAAGCUCAAUUCAAAUGCAGAAGCAGAACAUGAUUCGUCAAAAGAGGAUACCAAACUUAGCUCCAGUGCCCCUCUUCUAGAAAAGCCAGAGCUGUUGAAGCUCAAUUCAAAUGCAGAAGCAGAACAUGACAAGUCAAAAGAGGAUACCAAGCUUAGCUCCAGUGCCCCUCUUCUCAAAAAGCCAGAGCUGUUGAAGCUCAAUUCAAAUGCAGAAGCAGAACAUGAUUCUCCAAAAGAGGAUACCAAACUUAGAUCCAGUAGUAUUUUCACCGAAAAUAAGUCGGAUGUUUCCAACUCAGAUAAUCGGCAAGUGACUACCAAUGGCAUCACUCAGAACCAGUUCCAUGAAACCAUUCAAGAAGAAUCUGCUUCAGAUGAGGGGUUGGGGAAAGAAUUGCAGGCUGAUAUACGGUCUGGUGGACAAACAUUCACUUCUGAUGAACUUUCUAGAAGUACCGCUGCAUCUAUAGAUACUAUGCUUAUAGGCAAACCAGAAAGAUUAGAUCCCGCUGUUAAACCAGCAGGUCAGAAAAUUAGAAAUGAGGUGGUUCCUAUAAAUCCCGACAGCUUGGGUAAUCCAUUAGAGGUGGAGAACUUCAUUGCAACAUCACCUAUUAAGGAACGGGAGGAUGAUGACUGGACGAGAGCAGAACAGCUGGUUAAGACUGGAGAAAGAGAAGAAGUGGAAUUGAUCAGCGCCAGUACUAGAGGAUUCGUUGUCUCAUUUGGUUCCUUGAUUGGUUUUCUACCAUAUCGCAAUCUUGCUGCUAGGUGGAAAUUCUUAGCUUUCGAGUCUUGGUUGAGAAGAAAAGGUUUAGAUCCAUCUCUUCUCCGGCAGAACCUGGGCAUAAUUGGAAAAUAUGAAGCUACUAGCGCGAUGGAUGCCUCUGAGUCGGUGAAAAGUUCAGAAAUUGGUAGUAAGACUGAUGAAGCAUUGACACCAGAUAUGAAGCUGGAAGAUCUUCUUAUGCUCUAUGACCAAGAGAAGCUUAAAUUCUUGUCGUCCUUUGUUGGUCAGAGAAUCUACAUGGGAGUAGUAUUGGCUGACAGAAAUUCUCGGAGGCUAAUAUUUUCCAUAAAACCAAAAGAGAAGGAAGAAUUAGUUGAAAAGAAGAGAGAUCUCAUGGCACGGCUUAGUGUUGGAGAUGUAGUCAAGUGCUGCAUUAAAAAGAUUACAUACUUCGGUAUCUUUGUUGAGGUUGAAGGGGUUUCUGCACUUAUUCACCAGACAGAAGUUUCUUGGGAUGCCACCUUGGAUCCUGCAUCGUACUUCAAAGUUGGCCAGAUUGUUGAUGCCAAAGUCCAUCAAUUGGACUUUUUGCUGGAACGUAUAUUUCUGUCAUUAAAGGAAGUAAUGCCGGAUCCCCUGAUGGAAACCCUGGAGACCGUGGUCGGUGAUCAUAAUACUUUGGAUGGUAGACUCGAAGAAGCUCAGGCAGAUUCCGAGUGGGCCGAGGUUGAGUCGCUGAUGAAAGAAUUGAGGCAGUUUGACGGAAUCCAGUCUGUGUCAAAAGGACGGUACUUUUUGAGCCCGGGUUUGGCACCCACUUUUCAGGUUUAUAUGGCCUCUAUGUUCGAAAAUCAGUACAAAAUGCUUGCUCGAGCUGGAAAUCGAGUACAAGAGGUUAUGGUGCAAACUUCUCUGAGCAAAGAGGAGCUGAAAUCUGUUAUCCUGACAUGCACCAACAGGGUGGCAUGAACCAUGAAGACGACGAAAUCUCUCUUCAGAUCCUGCUCACCACUUCUUGAAAUAUUGAGGUUAGAAAUCUUACAUUCUUGAAUGUAAAGACAUAACCAUGACUUUGCAAUGUGGUUGUAGUUUGUUAGGCUUUUCCCCGUUGUAAAUCUUUCUCAUAUAAAUUUUGCUCGCUUAUAAAGUAAAUUCUAGUUAAUCUUCUUUAUCCAUUUUUUGUAUGCAAACAUUUGAUCAUUUAUAGAGGUGCUUAUAUUUCCAGAUAA